AAUACCCACAAAAUAAUACCUCUCUCUAUUCUUCUUCUUCUUCAAUGGCAAUGGCAAUGGCAAUGGCGAAGAAGAAGAAGAAAAUGUCUUACAAUUAUAAAUUCAGCAUCAACAAUGACAUUGAUCUGUUGACAGAGAUCCUCAAAAGACUCGACGGCCGUUCCCUCUGCGUAGCCGCCUGCGUUUGCCGAUUAUGGACCUCCAUAUCGCGUAACGAUCUUGUAUGGGAACACCUCUGUUUCCGAAACGCGUCCACCGCCGUGCGCCCUGUCGUGGCUGCGCUUGGAGGUUACCGGAGACUCUAUAUGGUUUGUAUCCGUCCAAUGCUCAGCCGACUGGCCCGGCGAAGAGCAGUUCUCCGGCGGGCAUGGACCCGACAAGAGAUGGAGAUGUCGCUGUCUCUUUUCUGCAUCGAUUAUUAUGAGAAACUCGGCGCCGGCUCCGGCAGUGGUAAGCUCAGGGAUGCGUCUGCAUCAUCGCUCAUGUUCCUUUGCAAACCCGUGAAUGUCUGAUUGUUGCUUUUCAUUUCUUCGCGACCCCCUAGAUUAUGAUAAAAAAAUCAUCACAUUUAUUAUUAUUAUUAUUAUUAUUAUUAU